CUAAACUGAUCAUAACCCUAUACAGAACGGUAUUACAGUGGACUGUCACAAUGAAAGCAACAAUGUUAGCCGUUAUCCUGAUCAUUCUUGGAAUGUUCGGUUACGUGCAAUCAUUCGAUUUUAGAGAUGAAAUAGCACAAGGGGCGUGUACUUCACUUCUGCCUGGAACUGAUUUUACAUCGGCUGUACAGAGAACUUGUACAUCCACAGCUAAUGAGUCGUGUUCAACAGUCUGCAAUGAAAUAGGGAAAAUAUGCUACAAUUCUCUGCACAUAUACUCCGUUUCUCCACCAAAGUCUUACAAGUACGACAGCUGCUCGAAUACAGGAUGUGGGCCAAACUUCUGCUGUUGUUCGGACAAAACUCCCCCAUCAUCACUUGAGUAUAAAGUCAAAAUUGCGCAGGCUACUUGCACAGGUAUCCUGUACGGUACAGCAAACUACGUGUCUGCAGUGACUAGACAAUGUAAGAGCACAGCUGAAACUACAUGUGAGACAGUCUGUACUGAUCUAGGGAAGACAUGUUUCAACUCUCUCCAUCUGUAUGACAGAAAGACAGGCAGUGUUAGCCUGAAAACCUACAAAUACAACAGUUGUACUGUGGCAGGAUGUGGACCAAACUUCUGCUGCUGUUCAGGCAACUAAAACACUGUUGUCCCAUAUCAAAUGUUGAUUAAAGCAUGUAUACACACCUAAGACUUAUAAUCAGUAUGUUUCAAUUCGCAAAUUGUUAUUUCGUACAAUUUAUUCUUCUUUAUGUUUCUACAGUGUUUUUAGAUGAAUACUACAGAAUGAAAAUGAAUGAUAUUGAAAAUCAAACGUCUUUGGAAUGUUUGUUCAUGUACUGAA